AUGCGCACCUGGUACGCUCGGAAACGUUUGACUCAUUUCCCUUGCGAGGGCGUGAGCUUCACGAAACGAGCAGCGGCCGAACUGAGCCGCUGCUUCAACGGAUUGGCCGUUCGAGCGAAGGCAGGGGCCUCGAAUGCGGCUUCGACUCUUCGUGAAAACUCCAAGUCCGGAUCACAUGGAAUGUCUUCCCAGACCGCAAGUCAAGGCGGUACACCCGGUAAUGCAUCCCUCCUGGAUUAUCGGAAACGGAGACCAGGCGCCGCACGGGAAUUGUGGAACGCACUGACGCGACCGAAAACUGUACAGGGUCUUCUCGAAGAUGCAGAAUUUCUACGAAAACUUUUCCAAUACUUCGGCGGCGCUGAUAGAUGUGUCUUAGCGCAGGUGUGUAAAACGUGGCGCGAUAUUCUCUAUCAUCCACGUUAUUGGAAAAGUAUGGUCGCGGUCAUAAAGUAUCGUGAUCUGAGAGGCUCAUCCGACGGCGUACAAGUCCGGCGGCAGCUCUAUGAUUCCCUGGAAAAACGUUCUUUCACGGCGGUAUGCCUCUUCUACACGAAUGAGGAGGACAUAUUCGAUUUCAUGCACGCGUGUCCGAGGGUCGAGCAUAUCACGAAGCUCUCUCUGCGCUGUAGUUCAAUCUCAGAUCGAGCGUUAGAAGCCUUAAUCGGAGCCUGUCCGAAGCUGACAUGGCUCGAACUUUUUGGCUGCAACGAGAUAACAGAUGCCGGUCUAUGGGCUUCCCUCACACCGAAAAUCCAGAGCUUGGCAUUGGCUGAUUGCAUCAACGUGGCCGAUGACACCAUCGCUGCCGUAGCGCAGUUGGUUCCUCAGCUGAAGGAAUUCAAUCUCCAGGCGUAUCAUGUAACCGACGCUUCUAUCGCCUACUUGGGACCGCGUCAGGGCAACACCUUGGAGAUCCUACGACUUCGAUCCUGUUGGGAAUUGACAAACUCCGGUGUCUUGAGCCUCUCGCAUUCCUUGCCAUCGCUAACAGAACUUUCCUUAUCCGGCUGCACCAAGAUCAGCGACGACGGCGUCGAGCUCCUGGCCGAGAACUUGAAUCAGCUCGAGAUUCUCGAUCUUUCAUGGUGUCCUCGAAUUACCGACGCAUCGCUGGAGUUCAUUGCUUGCGAUAUGGGAGUGAUGAAACAACUCACAUUGGACCGCUGCGUGCACGUGACAGACAUUGGCCUUGGAUAUUUGUCCACGAUGGCAAGCCUCGAAUCUCUGUAUCUUCGGUGGUGUUCUCAAAUCAGCGAUUUCGGUUUAGCACAUCUCGCAACCAUGAAAGCGCUGCGGAUACUAUCUCUCGCAGGUUGCCAUCAGCUGACUUCUGCCGGACUGUCGUCUCUUUACCAACUACGUGAACUAGAACUCCUGGAGCUCACCAACACUCCGGGAGCGACCAGCCAACUCGUGGAUUAUCUUGAGCAGCAAAUGUUGCACUGUCUCGUUUGCAAGUGA